AUGUUUCAAGUUUUAACACAAAAAGGAUGGGUAGAUGUUAUGCACUACACAAUGUUAUAUAGCAUUCAAGAUGUAGCACCAUUCGUUGCUAUUUAUUUUAUUGUUUAUCAUCUUGCUAUUAAUUUGAUUGUACUUUCACUUUUCGUGGCUGUUAUUUUGGACAAUCUUGAACUUGAAGAAGAUGUGAAAAUGAUUAAACAGUUAAAAACACGUGAAGCUAGUGCUGAAACUCAACAAAAAUUACCAUGGCGUUUGCGUAUAUUUGAACGUUUUCCUGAUCAUCCUCAAAUGAUUGAAUUAUCACGCUUACCACAUGAUUUUGUAAUACCGAAAAUUCGCGAUAGUUUUAUGCGUCAAUUUCUUAAUCAAGAUGAUAUUUAUACAAUUCCACUUGAACUUUCAAUGAAUGUCUAUAGUAAAAGAAAUGCAGUUAGAACAUUACAUCUAGCUGAACAUCGACCAACAGGUGAAAGUAUGAAACGUACAGCUGUUUCAAAUAUUAUUCGAAAUGUAAAUAAUCAACGUUUAUUAAGUGGCGACGCUAGUCAAAUACAUUUGGCGAGUGUGGGUGAUAAUAAAUUAUCAAUUUAUGUUCAACAAAGUAAAAUGCGACUUCAUCGAAAUAGAAGUUCUAUGCGUCGUUCUGGUUAUCGACCAAAAACAGUUCAUACUAUACGUGAAAAUGGUGAUAUAAAUGCAUUACAAGGUCGAAUUCAAGAUGAUUAUGAUAUAAAAGUAUUCCAAUAUCGAAAACAACAAGCUGAAUUAAAACGAAAUCAACAAGAAGAAGAUCUUCGUGAAAAUCAUCCAUAUUUUGAUACACCUUUAUUUACAAUAUCACGUGAAAGUAAUUUUCGAAAAUUUUGUCAACUUGUUGUUGAAGCUCGUUAUAAUGUUAUUGCAAAAGAUCGUCUUGGACAAGAAUCAAAAAUUAGUCGAUAUAAACAAGGACAUAAAUUUCUUGGUUUAGUAACAUAUCUUGAUUGGAUUAUGAUCAUUGUUACAAUAUUAUCAGCAGUCAGUAUGUCAUUUGAAACACCUAUUAAUCGAGUUAUUGAUCAACCUUUAUUACAAAUAGCUGAAUAUGCAUUUGUUAUUUGUAUGAGUGUUGAAUUAACAUUAAAAAUUUUUGCUCAUGGUUUAUUUUUUACACCAAAAGCAUUAAUACGAGAUUUUAGUGGUGUUAUUGAUGUGUCGUUUUUUUUUAUUAGUCUUAUUUUUCUUUGUUGGUUACCAAGACAUGUUCCAGCUAAUAGUGCUUCUCAAUUUUUAAUGCUUAUACGAGCAACACGACCAUUACGUAUUAUUAUUCUUGUACCAGAUAUGCGUAAAGUAGUUUAUGAAGUUUCAAUUUUACUCGUUGUAUUAAUGUUUAUUUUUGCUAUAUAUGGUGUUCAAAUAAUUGGUGGUCAAUUAGCUCGUUGUAAUGAUCGAACUUAUUAUAAACAACAAGAAUUAUGUCGUGGAACGUUUUGGAGAGAACUUUAUGUAUCAAAAAUGAAUGUUAGUGGAGCCGAUCCAGUUAUGUUGGUACCAAGAGUAUGGGCGAAUCCACAUAAUUUUAAUUUUGAUUAUAUUGGUAGUGCUAUGUUAGCUCUUUUUGAAGUUUUAUCACUUGAAGGAUGGCUUGAAAUUCGGGAUAUUAUUAUGGAUCGUAUGGGACCAGAACAUGCUAUUUUUGUCCAUAUUUUUGUAUUUAUUGGAACCUUAGUUGGUUUAACAUUAUUUGUUGGUGUUGUUAUUGCUAAUUAUUCGGAAAACAAAGGGACAGCAUUAUUAACUGUUGAUCAACGUCGUUGGUUGGAUUUAAAAGGUCGCAUCAAACUUGCUCAACCAUUACGUACACCACCUCGACCAGAAAAUAGCAAAUUUCGUUCCUAUGUAUUUGAUAUAACACAAAACAAAUUAUUUAAAAAAUCAUCUGCUGUCCUGGUUUUACUUAAUUGUGCAUUACUUUAUAAACCAUGGAAACCUAAUGAACAAAUAACACAAAUAUCUGCAUUAAUAUCAUCAUCAUUUACAUUUUUAUUUCUUGUUGAAGCUGUUAUGAAAUGUAUUGCACUUGGUUUUGUUGGUUAUUGGCAGUCACGUCGUAAUCGUUUUGAUUUAUUAGUUACAAUACUUGGAAUUUCUUGGAUUAUAAUAAAUUUUAUUUCUAUUGGAAAAAGUGAUCUUCAAGAAUUUAGUAAUACAUUUGGAUUUACUGUGAUUAUACUACGAUUUUUUACUAUUGCUGGAAAACAUGCUACACUUAAAAUGCUCAUGUUGACUAUUAUUGUAUCAUUCUUUAAAUCAUUUUUUAUUAUUCUCGGCAUGUUUUUACUUAUGUUGGUAUAUGCAUUUGCAGGUGUUCUUCUUUUUGGUUGUGUUAAAUUUGGUCCUGAACUUGGACGACAUGCCAAUUUUAGAACAGUACCUAAUGCAAUUGUUCUUCUCAUGAGAAUUGUAACUGGUGAAGAUUGGAAUAAAAUAAUGCAUGAUUGUAUGGUUGUACCACCAAGAUGCACACGUGGUGGUUCAUAUUGGGAAAGUGAUUGUGGAAAUUCUACAGCAUCAAUACUUUAUUUUUGUUCAUUUUAUAUAAUAAUUACUUAUAUCGUAUUGAAUCUUCUUGUUGCUAUUAUUAUGGAAAAUUUUUCAUUAUUUUAUUCUAAUGAAGAAGAUGCAUUACUUAGUUAUACAGAUAUUCGUCAUUUUCAAACUGUUUGGAAUAUGAUUGAUACAGGACGAAAAGGUGUUAUACCAGCUCGACGUGUAAAAUUUUUAUUACGAUUACUUCGAGGAAGAUUAGAAGUUGAUGCAGAAAAACUUUAUAAACAUAUGUGUUAUGAAAUUGAAAAAUUAAAUAAUGGUAGUGAUGUAACAUUUCAUGAUGUACUUAAUAUGUUAGCUUAUCGUUCAGUUGACAUUCGUAAAUCUUUACAAUUUGAAGAAUUACUUGCACGUGAAGAACUUGAAUAUUUAAUUGAAGAAGAAGUAGCAAAAUUAACAAUUCGUAAUUGGCUUAAUAAAUGUUUAAAGCGUAUUAAAGCUAAAGAUCAAACCAAUGUUAUUAAAAAUUUACAACGUAGUAAUGAAUUAGCAUUUUUCCGUGAAGCACAAGCAAUAACAACAAAUGAAGCAUUGAGAAAGACAGCAACAAUAGAAAGUUCAGGGGGUGAUGAUCGACGAUUUAAAAAUACUGAUGAUCGACAACAACAACAACAACAACAGUUACAAAAAGAAUUACCGAAGAAAAAGCUUGAUCGAACAAUUACAUUACCAACACCUUCAUCUGAUAAUUCAAACUAUCGAGGACAGUCAAGCUCACGUGAUAUAACUAGUGAAUCUAAAGGAGCAAAACGAUCAGCUCAACAACAAAAUGUUAGUUUGACUUUUAGCAGUGAUGAAUCUUAUCCAUGGCGUUCGUGGCAAGGAACUCAUCUUGCUAAUGCACGAAAAGAUAUUGAAUCAUGGUGGACUAAUCAAUUACAACUGUCAGCUUAG